AUGUCUACUAGUGUCAGCAUUCAGGAUAUCCUUGGUCAUUCUCCAGCAUCGCCGAUCGUUCGCGAAUGCCUCUCGUAUAUCAACCAGCAAUCCAACGCAUCUGAUCCGCCUCAAAUCGACUCUCCCGAGGUCAAAGCGUACUCAGAUGCUGUGUACUUUAACUAUUAUGCCCUCGGACUUAGUCUCAUGUUCGCUCCUACCAAAGGGUACAAGCCCAGCACAGGCACACGCAGGGAACAGCUCAAGGAUGAUUGUCUCGAGCUGAGCAGUGUGGAUAUAUAUAAUACCCCAAAGUCUACAGAGACCAAGUCUAAAACGGCCGAAGUUGCUUUCUCAACAUUUCCCGCGUCGCCUAUAGUCCUCUCUCUGGCAACAAGUACGCCAGAGGAUAAAGAUCGACCUCAGUCAAUGUCUGUGACGCACGAGACGAUAGGACAGGACUUUGUCGUUUCACUCGGAGAACCUGCGCGAAAGGGGGGCGGAUCCGGGCCAUCAUCAGGCUCGAUCGGAAUUUGGUGCGAAUGGACGAAGGAUGGCAUUAUGGUCGAAUUUGGAGGACAAGAGGCACGCGGGCCGCAGGCUUGGGAGCGGGGCAAGGACGCGGGUUGGAGAGUGAUAACGAUUUUCGCGCCCAAGUGAACCAAUGGUAUUCAUCUUCGUGGCUGGUGUAUGACACCAAAAUCGAUCGUUAACGGGUCACUAUAAGUGUCCACCUCUUUCGCAUACACAAUCACCAUGCAUCAUGCCUUGCCAGUUUAUUCUACUGACAUUCUCAAGGACGUUCUCAUAGCCGGCAGCUUAGGGCUAGCAUAAUCAGG